UAACAACAUGGUGCCCGCAUAUCACUGAGUUGACCGACGACUCCAAGGAGUAUAUAGACCCCGCUCACGCCUCCUGCAGGGAGCAUUACGCCAACUUUACACUAGUGCCGCCAUUUUGUAUACCAGUUGGUUGCUGCUGGCUGCUUGUGUGAGCUUUAUUUGUUCACAUUCAUCCUUUUUGCAUUCUUUUCUUGUCUUUUGUUUUUAUACAAUGCCGUGUUGCGCAGCGUGGAGGUGCUCAACCCGACCUGGACACGGGAAAAUGCUACACAGAUUCCCAAGGAACGCUCGGAGAAGGAGGGAAUGGGAAGUCAAAGUCAGACGAGAAAACUGGAGAGCAAAAGAUCAUUCAUUUCUCUGUUCAGAUCAUUUUGAGGAGGAGCAAUACGAAUCACAUCGAACAGACAACCGACGACAACUGAAGCCCAAUGCCAUACCGACUCUGUUUGCCUUCAAUGCCAAUACUCGUAGGAGAAAGCUACGCAAGCCACCUCCCAAAAGAUGUAGAGAUGAAAAUGAUGAACCACCGUAUCCAUCCAAGGUGUUGUGUAUUGACCACUCAUACGCCUCCACAUCAGAGCAUCAUCCUGUAGAUACUUCCGUUGAGAAUGGUUAUUCAGACGAGAAAGAUGAGUGUCAACUACCGAUCCAAGAGGUCAGACCAGUCCAUGAAGAAGUUACACAAGUAAAGGGGAAAACGCCUGCAAUAUCUUCAAGUCUUAUGACCUCUGUGAAGAAGAAUCUCAACUUGACUGAGUCGAUGUUACUGCAACGUAUUAUUUAUCUCCAGAAGAAACUGGCAGAAGAAAGGCGUGAGAAGUGGAAAAUGAUGCAGCAGAAGAAAGUACAGCAAUUAAAUAUGGCAAAAGUCUUCAACCAAGACCAGCUAGCUAAACUGGGCCAUAAGAACACGCGAGGAUCGAAGUGGUCAGAUGAAACUAUCCAAAAAGGACUUCAGCUUUUAUCUGCUUGUGGAACCACUGGGUAUUCACUGUUAUUGUCUCAACAUCAGCCACUUCCCUCUCUCAGAUCGUUACGGAGGAAACUUGAAGUUGCCCGUUUAGAGCCUGGGGCACCAGAGCCUAGGAUGCUAGAGCCUGAGAAACCAGAGCCUGGGAUACCAGAUCUUAUGAAAACACAGCCUGAGAUAAUCGAGUCUGAGAUACCAGAGCUUGGGAUACCAGAGCCUGGGAUUCAAGAGUCUACGAAAACACAGUCUGAGAUACCAGAGCCUGGGAAACCAGAGCCGGGGGCACCAGAUCCUAUGAAAACACACCCUGGGAUACUACAGUCUGAGAUACCAGAUUGUAUGAAAACACUGCCUGAAAUAAUAGAGCCUGGGAUACUAGAGCCUGAGAAACCAGAGCCUGGGAUGCUAAAGCCUGAGAUACCAGAGCUUGUCAUACCAGAGCCUGGGAUUGAAGAGUCUAUGAAAAGACAGCCUGAGAUAAUAGAGUCUGGGAUACAGGAGCUUGGGACAUCAGAGCCUAUGAAAACAGCCUGGGACACAAGAGCCUGAGAUGCCAGGGUUUGGGAUAAUAGAGUCUGGGAUACCAGAGCUUGGGACGUCAGAGUCCAUAAAAGCAGAACCUGGGACACCAGAGUCUAUAAAAGAAGAGUCUGAGACACCAGAGCUUAUCAAAACAGAGCCUGGGAUACCAGGUCUAUACUCGUACUAAGGGUAUUAAUCUUCCCCUUCCAUGUCGUGGAAAACUCCCCUGGUACAGUAGUCUGCUGCAGACUACUGUACCAGGGGAGUUUUCCACGACGCGGUUGCAAAUCUUAACUGACAAAAAAGUAGCAUAAUCCAGCGUAAAGCAGAGGCCAAAACAAUUGUGAUUUGAUCUUGGGACGUAUCAUCACUGGGUAUGACUUUGCUUGGGAGAUUGGUAUCCCCGCAUCCCCUGAGCAACGCUCUUGUGCAUUAUGCAGUAGACCCGACAGCA